AUGACCCAAACACCCAGUGGCCAAAUUCCCGAUAGAUACGCCCUCAUUCUCUAUGGCUCCGAAACAGGAAACAGCCACGAGGUGGCCGACCGACUGGGGGAUAUCACCGAGCGUCUGCAUUUCAAGACCAUCGUUACCGAGAUGGACGACUUUGCCGAUGUCGUGGAGAAGAAGAUGAAAUCUGGGCAGGUCAAGAAGAUCCCCAGCCUGAGGAUAGACUCGAUACGCAAGGCGACAUUGGUCGUCCUCGUGACUUCGACGGCAGGCCAAGGCGAGUUUCCGAAGAACUCGAGGAGGCUGUGGACGAGUCUUCUGAAAAAGAGUCUACCAAAGGAUUAUUUGGAUGGUGUGCAGUAUACGACUUUUGGGCUGGGGGAUAGCUCUUACGCGAAGUUCAACCGAGCGGCGAGAUUACUGCAUGUACGAUUCCAGGGACUGGGCGCGAAAGAAUUGUUUCCGAGAGGCGAGGCUGAUGAGCAGCAUGCCGACGGUAUUGACGGUGCUUUCCUGCCUUGGUCCAUGGAGUUCAAAGCUCAUAUACAAACCACAUUCCCUCUACCAGAAGGAGUGACCCCAAUACCUCCUGAUACGCUCCUCCCUUUCAAGUGGACACAUCAGAUUGCCGAACCAGAACCAGAACCAGGACCAGAACCAGGACCAGAAUCAGAACCAGAACAAGAACCCGAAAGCUUGCCCCUACUCAAUGCCGGUAAAGCGAGCGAUACUCCCACUGAUCUAACAACGCCCAAGGAUCCGGACCCAGACCCGGACCCGGACCCGGACCCGGACCCGGCCUCAAGAGAAACAGAGUUACCACCAAAGGACCUACCUGUACAUCCCAAUCCCAAAAUCGAGUCUGAGUCCGAGCCCGAGCCCGAGCCCGAGAUGAUGAUCUACCGGCCACCCGAAGACCAAACGCCGGAUGUUCCAUGUCCCAUGCUCAAGGAACCCUUCGAUCGAGAGGAUCUCGAGGUCGAUAAACCAAUAAGCCAAGAAAAUUUUCAGUUAGCCCCAGUACCAGGACGUGUGGCCUACCUUCAGAAGAACAAACGUCUCACCCCAGAAUCACACUGGCAAGAUGUCCGCGAGAUCACACUCAUGAUCGGCGGAAAUGUACGCUACAAGCCUGGCGACACCCUGAUCGUAUACCCCCAAAACUUCCCCGAAGACGUCCAAGCCCUGAUCGAUCUCAUGGACUGGGCCACAGUAGCAGAUGUGCCUCUCCAAUUCAAGCGUGACCCCGGUACUGACUUCUACGAUAUGUUUCACGUCAAACCCAGCCCUACAAACUUCUACCCCAGGUACAACUCCACCUUGAGACAGCUCCUCACACUCAACCUCGACAUAACCGCCAUUCCACAACGCAAAGUCCUCGACCUCCUUGCAUGCUAUACCAUAGAUCCUACCCACAAAGAACGUCUGCUCGAACUCUCCAACCCAGCUUUCACAGACGAGUUCUUCGACUACGCCACCCGGCCCCGCCGCAGCAUCCUGGAAGUCCUCCAAGACUUCAGCUCCGUCAAACUCCCUUUCCAGAUCGUGACUACCGUCUUCCCCACCAUCCGCGGUCGCCCUUACAGUAUCUCAAGCGGUGGAAAGCAGCUCGUCACGUACAACAACUCAGUAUGUACGAGAGUACAGCUCCUAGUAGCUAUCGUACACUACAAGACUGUGCUCCAGAAAGUCCGGCGAGGCUUGUGUACGCGUUGGCUCGCAGCGCUGCAGGAGGAGCGGUCCAUGAUCAUGGUCGAUUUCAACCCCACGGACCUCUACCUCGAUAUCCAGAUGGCCUCUCGCCAGCCGCUCAUCAUGAUUGCCCCCGGCACUGGCCUCGCACCCUGCCGCUCUCUGAUCUGGGAUCGCGCUGAGAUCGCAAAUGACUACCCUGUUUCACCAAUAUACCUUUUCUUCGGUGGCCGCAACGAGAAAGCUGACUAUUUCUAUGAGAACGAAUGGAAGGAUCUGACACACCUGCUGCAUGUUGUCACGGCUUUUUCGCGUGAUGAUCCGACGGGUAGAAAGGUGUAUGUACAAGAAAGGAUCCGCGAGCAUGGCGAGAUGAUCUUUGAGCUACUAUUUGAAUGCGCGGCGGUUAUCAUCGUGUGUGGUAGCUCGGGCAGCAUGCCGAACGCUGUCAGAGAGGCCUUCGUGGAUGUGGUGGAGGAGCACCACCCUACGAAGCCGGACCGGGCAGGUGCUAGUGCUUUGUUGGCUCGGCUGGAAGAUAUUGGAAGGUAUAAACAAGAGACGUGGUAG